AUGAAACUUCAUGCCAGCUACAGCGACCUGCAGCAAUGUGCGCACGACAAGUGUAGGGGCUGCAGAGUUGUUCGGCAAGCUUUACUUCUAUCACAAAUCACCGGCGACGAGGUUGAGAGGCUCGAGAAAAGAGAUGACCCUGUCUAUGUCAGAUUGUUGGGAGGAGAUUCCACAGCAGAGAGGACAUCUCGUCUGCAGCCGACGCUACAAGUCCGUCUCGGAGUAUCGCAUGAAAGCGUUAUGCUGGUCAAUAUUGCGCUAACGGCCAAUAUCAACCCUUCAAUGCUUGGAAAUGACCCAUUGGGAUCGGCGGUCCCUCAAAUCAAAUCUUGGCUGCAAGACUGUCGUCAAGGACACGAGUGCAGCAACCUCACACGGUCCGACGAGCAUCCCAGGCGGCUUAUUGAGAUUAUCUCAGACACAACUUUGAGAUUGGUUGAUACCUCAGAGCUGCCAAAGGAUGAUAAGCGUGAUUACGUCGCCUUGAGCUACUGCUGGGGCGAGGGACAUUCAAAGGGUAGGACGACGCCGUGCAAUCGGGACAAGCGAAAGGUCUCAUUCGAGAAGUCCGCGCUGCCGAAAACGAUACGAGAGGCUUUGGACUUGGUGGAGGCGAUCGGAUAUAAAUACUUAUGGGUUGAUCAAGUUUGCAUUGCUCAAAAAAUCCAGGGGAAUCAAUGCAGCGAUCGUCAAGGAGAUGGUGCCGAUGAUUGUGAAGGCAAUGGCUGCCAAGCUUGCACUCAUGAUGGUGGCGAAGAUUGGGACGCAGAGGCUUCGAGGAUGCAUGUUAUCUACGGCAACGCCGUCUUUACUCUUUGCGCCUGUUCCAGCACAAGUUCAAGGGAUCGCUUACUGUGGGAUCGGAAGGCUUGGACGUACCGCGUUGUGCCCUUUUACUUCGAAGGUCAGUGGCUCAUCAACUAUAACAUGAGUCUCAACGAGGUUAGAGCAACCGCACCGCUGUCGAAACGCGCGUGGACUCUGCAAGAGGAACGGCUCUCGCCUAGGUUGGUAUACUACUGCGGUCAGAGAGUCUACUGGUCUUGCGUUGAGAAACAGCACACAGAAACUGCCACUCGCAGUACAGCAAAGCACGAUCUCGGCAGCAGGCCUUUUGAACGUGAAGACGGAUUUAAGCAGAUGAGCGAGGCUCAGAUAUUCAUUAACUAUAGCUUUGCGGGGGAGAGGGUUCGCUUACACCGGGAAUGGAAGGACCUAGUGGAGGCUUAUUGUCCACGAGCCAUAACGAAACCGACUGACAGACUUCCGGCGAUAUCUGGCUUGGCCGCACUAUAUCUUUCGACCUAUAUCACCCAAGACAACAAAAUUCUGCAACAGGAAUAUCUAGCAGGGCUUUGGCGCGACACCUUUGCAGAAGACCUGGCGUGGUCAGUCCGGACAGCUGCAGAUCCGUGCGAAGCUCUGGCCGAAAUCGCCCCGAGCUGGUCUUGGGCAUCCCUCCCUGCCAGGACUCACGUUAGCAUCAAGGAGGACUUCAAACGAAGUAACGACUUUGAGUUGCUUGAAGCUUCUAAGUGGAGACGUAAUUCCAGUGAACCUGGGAAUGGGGCCAACGUCCUUCUUGAAUGCCAGGAGGGAGCAAAAAAGAAACUUGUUUUAGUGAGAGGUCGUUUGCGACAAGUCAUGAACCGGGAUUCGGAAAGCAUCGACUGGUCCGAGAUCACAACAGGGCGUGGCGGUAAGAACAAGUACGACCUUUCAAAGAACAUUGCUCGCCAUGUUCACGCAAGAAACCAAGACAAUGGCCAGAUCGUCAUAUAUGAGCCGAACAAGCAACCUAUCGAAGGGCAAUUGGACUAUCUCCUUCCCUUGAACGCCAACACCAAUAGCGACAGCCACGAAAUUCACGUUGCAGCCGGCAUGGAGUGGGAUUUGUAUGGCUUGCAAAUAGGCCAGAAGACGAUGCUUUUGGUCCAGUUCAGCAGGCGGCGGGAAACCGGAACGGACAGUAACACUAGGAGUGAUACCUGGGUGACUGUUUUCCGGCGGGUAGGGAUCUGUCGAAAUGUGCGAGAGGCCUUCUUUGAGGGAGCUGAGUUGGUCGAACUUGAGCUUGAGUGA